AUGACUCUUGGCGGCUCUGGCAUCGUCAUCGUACGCUACAAGUCUGCCGUACAAGUCUGCAACGAGUGCGGCACGGACUAUUACUACAACGGCAGUUUGUGCGUGAGCUGCCCAUUUGGCUCGUCCAGCCCACCGGGCGCCACGACCUCGUGUAAAUGCCCCAAAGAUUACCACCGCAAGGUCGACGGCGGCGUGUACUCGUGCGCCGCGUGCGCUAAGGGUUCCACCAGGCCCGCGGGAGACACCGUCCCGGGUGGCGACGCGACGACGUGCUCGGCUGGAUCGUCAUCGCCCUCUUCGUCGCCCUCAUCGUCGCCAUCGGCGGCUCCCUCUGCCCAAGACAAGAAGGCGGCGGCUGAGAAGACGCGCGAUGCGAUCCUCGGCGACAUCAAAGACGCGAGGUUGAAGAAAAAGGCCAAGCUUCUGGCGGAUGCCGCCAUCGCCGGCGUGAAGGUGCAGAGACUGACCGCCAAGCUCACGGCGGCGGAUGAGGACACGGCGUGCUCGACCGCCUUCACAAAGGCUGGAAUGAGCUCCAGCGACGGCGCUUGCGUCGCCACCGUCGCGUCAUCCGGCAAGAGGCGCCGCCUGUCCGCGACGGCCUAUGACGUGGAGCUCAUGUUCAGCUCAUCCACAGUGAGCGACGACGCGCUCACGGCGGCUGCGAACGAGCUCAAGGCCAACGGCGUGGAGGGCGUGACGUCCCAAGCGUCCGUGGAUCCAAUCGCGGAGCUCAAGACCGUCCCGGGGGUGGACACGAGCAAGCUGCAGACGUUCGAGACGGAAGCCGCGGCCGCCGUCGCCGAGACGGAGUCCCAGAACCCGCCGCCGCCGCCGCCACCGCCGAGUCCCCCCCCAAAUCUGGUUCAGGACGACGACGACGCCGGGACCCGCGUCCGAGCUCUAGCAUCCGCCCUGCUCGCGUCCGCGCUCGCACUCGCGGCGCUCAUGUGA